GAGACUGUGGACCUGUGGAGAAAGCGCACCGUGCCUUAAAUACCCACUAUAUUUGGGAACCCUCAACGCGGUUUCCUCCGCUCACACAAUUGGUCCAGGAGAAGUAUUUAUUAGGUAGGAGGCGCUCCUGCCAGGCACACUUUGUUCAUGACUCUGGAAGUUCACUCGAGGGAAAAGCGCAGCGAAGUCUGACAUCUGUUCGGGAGCAAGUGCAACGAUACUGAAGAGAGUUACAGCGAAAUACGCAUCGUGGAAAUGGCUUUACCUUGCCUUUUGCCUUCGAUUUCAACGUUUGCAAACCAGAAGGAGAAACUUUGGGAGGAUAGGUGGAAAACCGAGGAGGACAAACCACUGAGCGGCAGCUGCCAUCUGCUCAACGUGGCACAGAACAUGGACACUUGUCGCGGCCGCAAGGAUGACGAGGAUCUGAGCAAUUAUUUGGACCUGGAGUUUAUCCUGGCCAACACAACGGGACCUCUAGAGGCGGGAGCCGAGUACGUCUCGCACGCGGAGCCCUGCGGCAUGUACUCGACGGGGGCGUACGUGCCUCCGGAGCAAUGCGCCGCACCUCCUCCGCCGUACUCCAACAGCCUCAUGGCUGAGCUUCUGAGAUCCGACGUGGACGGCGCCUACGACAACGGCAUUCAGGGAAGAUUCGUCGUCAACUCGUUCCCCAGACAGGACUUUGUUGAUAUCAAAGUCGAGCCUCCGAUGGACGGUUACGGGCCCGUGAUGGGCAUGGUGCCUCAGAGCUGCCAAAAAAUCAAACAAGAGGGGAACGUUUCGUGCAUGAUGUCUUUCGAGCAGCCUAGACUCGCCGUUUCUCCUCAGGCGACCGGGAAUAUGACGCCUCCGUUGAGUCCGGAUGACUCCCACCUGCGCCAGACCGCAUUUCCGCAGGCUUUCCAUCACUCGCCUCCGGCUUAUGCGCAAAUGCAGAUCCCUUACACGGCUCCCCACCAGUUUGGCAUGUUCGAGGACGCCAUGGGCAUGCAACCCAACAUGCAACGGGCUCUUCUGACUCCUCCGUCCUCCCCCCUGGAUCUAAUGGAGUCCAAACCCAAGCGAGGACGACGCACCUGGCCGAGGAAGCGCACGGCGACGCACACCUGCACCUUCGCCGGCUGCGGGAAGACUUACACCAAGAGCUCGCAUUUGAAGGCGCACCACAGAACCCACACUGGUGAGAAACCGUACCACUGCAACUGGGAGGGAUGCGGAUGGAAGUUCGCCCGUUCCGACGAGCUGACGCGUCAUUUCCGCAAGCACACCGGCCACAGGCCGUUCCAGUGUCACCUGUGCGAACGCGCCUUCUCCCGCUCCGACCACCUGGCGCUGCAUAUGAAGAGACACCUGUGAGGACUGGAUCCACAACCACAUACCUGCCUUAUUUAAUGACUUAAAGCAUAUUGUUGAUAAAGAAAUAUAUCAUCACGCGUUCUUAAAGAAAGGUUCCGUUGGUGCCACAAAAGAACCUUUGUUUUGAAGAGUGUGUAACUUUUGUAACGAGUAGCUGGUACUACAUAGAUUGAGCUCUUUUUAAAGCCUUUUUUGGGUAAUAUGCAUCCUGAAGGGCUGGUCCUACAAAUCCUACAAAAGUGUGUGUUUAACUGUGCCUUUUCCGAAGCCACGAAGAGUGUAAAGCCUGACGACUAGCAAACCUCCAGUUUUCUGAUGUAAAGUGUAAACUGCACGCUGACAAUGUUUUGCUCUUGAAACUGCCUUGCUACUAUGCAACGAAACGGAGCUGUGUGUUUAAAUGUGUUAGCCUUUCUUUUCAAACGUGUUGUGUCUCGAUGCACAUCGAGCGGUCACAGUGCUGCGUCGCACCGAAUACACUAGGGCUUGAGGUCCUGGGUUUUUAUAAGAUUGUGUACAUACAUUUUAUAUUGUAAGUACUGUAUUUAUUGUAAAUAUUAAACUAAAUUUGAAUAUAUA